UUAAUAGCCACGCGUGUAUGUGUGUGUAGCGAUGUCUUCCCAGAGAACCGUUUGUGGCAUCACUCUCCUCCUGAUAGAUUCCCUUCUGGCCUAGGGUGCACAAACAGGCUCUUGGUGACACCGUUCAUCCGCGCUUUCAUGAUAAAUAAAGAGCUUCACCGCAACAGCGACAACAUGCUCCAAUCGCUGUUCAAUUAGAACUGAGUGGAUUUCCGAGCGAAAUCACCAAUCGCUUAUAUACCGAUUGGUGAUUUCAAUAGCCUGUUUUGAAAGCAAUUUUAAGACUAUUGAAACAAGUUUUUGGAUCAAAAAGUAACAAGUAUAUAACGCGUAGACAUUUUAUCUUUCGAAUGAAGUGUUUAUCAUACCAUUUCGUUCAGUUGUUUAGGAGCAAUUAACGCUCAAAAUCUCGGUCUCCGGCGUAACGCUUUCGUUUUCGAAACUUUGAUUUUACACCCCGGUAUAGAAAUGAAAGACGUAGUCCUACGUCAAAACUGUUGUGCAUUCUGAAUGCUGUAUCAUAACUCAAACGCCCACACCUUUACCUUGAUCUCUUCUAUCAGAUUUUAGGCAAUUGUCGAGCUGCUUAUUCGAACACUUUCAAUCACAAUUUCUUCUUGAAUGUUUAUUUUUAAUUCUGAAAUUCUAGAAAUUCUGAGAUUGUACCGCGGAUUGUCCCCAAAAUGGCCAGAGAUUUAUUGUUUGGGCAAAAUUACUGAUCAUUUAAAAAGUUUGAUUCGAGCUGCAAUUAAAAUCAAAACAAAAUCCUAGACACAAGAUCCAAACAAACACCCAAGGAAGCCGGUUGACUGAUGAACUAUUCUAGCAAAUGGUUAUUACAAUUGACGUGACAAAUGAAUGCAAAUCUGCCUCUUUAUUCCACCUGACUUCAAUCCACACUACUACUCCCCCUGACACAAAUCACGUUACCCGCGUAGUAAUAAUUUUAUUCCAAGGCUAAUUUGGACUACAGAUGAUUAAACGAUCAACUACAUCAAGCGCACAUAAGACAGCUCCAACGCCGUUUCCUAACCCUAAGAGGUUCUGGCAACACGUGAAGGAAGAAAACAUGGCUCCCCUCAACCAUGACUAACGGUGUAGUGGACGCUGUCACCAUUCCGGUUAUUGCAGAAUUAUUCCGUAAACAGUUCAGCAGCGUUUUCAGUAACGAACGAACAAACAGUCAAGACGUAGCAGCUGCAUUUCUUUCUCAGCCGUGGACCGUUUGCUAUUACCAGAGAAAUGGUUGUCUCAGCCGGAAGUAAACUGAAAAUUUCGAGGGGUUCCGGUCCUGAUGGUAUUCCGUCCUUGGUCCUGAAACGCUGCUUGCCUGCUCUAGCAACACCUCUAGCCAAUACUUUCAAUCUCUCCCUGAGGUCGGGUGACUUCCCAUCCUGCUGGACGGAACCUUACGUUCUUCCGAUUCACAAGAAGGGUUGCAAAAGGACUGUAUCGAACUAUCGUGGAAUAGCCGCUUUAAGUACUAUGUCGAAGCUUCCCGAGCUAAUUAUUGAAUUGGUUUAACAUUCGCCCACUGCAUUUCGGUGGACCAGCGUGGUUUCAUGUCCAAGCGCUCGACGACUACGGAUGGGUCGAUUGCAUGAAACCCAAAGCAAUACGCAAGCAACGAUAUUGUAUCCGCUCCAUCUUCAGUAUAUGAGUCUUAGCUGCCGAGCCCAACUUAAUAGCCCAUGUGGACAAAUUGUCCAAAGUAUCCUGUAAUGGUUUUUGCAGAUCGACGGAGGAGGAUCCCCUAAUGGAAACUACUCCAUCAUCUGCAAGUUGUCGUAGCGUGCAAUGCCCCGAAAGGCAAUAGUCGAUAUCAUUAACAUAAAAGUUGAAUAAAAGGGGGCUCAAACAUGAACCUUGGGAAGGCCCAUAUAGCUUAGUCGAGAGACUCCCAAAUUUCCAUGAGCAAAACCCAUGUGUUUUUCUGACAGCAAAUUAUACAAAUAAUUAUUUAAAGUUGGCGAGAGUCCACACUUAUGAAGUUUAUCUGAUAAUAUAUCAAAAGAAACAUAAUCAAAAGUCUCUUCAAGGAAGAUCAAAGCCAUUUGUUCUUUACGAGCAAAUGGUAUUUGAAUUUUGGACGAAAGCAACAAUCAUUCGUUCCUUUACCUCUUCUGAAGCCAAACUGCGUUUCUGAAAGCAAAUUGUUCGUUUCAAUCCGUUUAUCUAAAUGAGAAAGAAUCAUUUUCUCCAGCAAUUUUCGAAUGCAUGAUAACAUUGCGAUUGGUCUAUAUCAGGAAUGCCCAAACGGUAGUCCGCGAUCUAAAACAAGGCGAUGCGCCUUAUAUUGAGAUGUGAUCGACUAACUCCACGAAGAUUUACAAUACAUUACCAAAUGAAGCAAAGACAGCAACAAAUCUUCGAAGGUUCCGUAGUAUUUGUAAAGAGUUUUUGAAGCAUGAUUUGGAUUUGUAACCCAGUAUAGAAUCAAUGUUAAUCAAUGUUAGCAUGUAAGAUAACGAAGUUAUAACGGAUAUUUGUGUUUCUUAACUUAUGACUAUGAUGAUGAUGGUAUGUUAAUUGUUUGCGGAACUUAAGUCGUAUUUUUUUUUCCUUAGUCGUACAUACAAAUUUAAUUUUAAACAAUAGUUUGAGCCCGCGCGCGUUUACACACAUAGAGAAGCAUGAGAUUGAACAUGAACAAAUUUUUCUCGAAUCAGAUAAAAACGUUCCAACGGGUUUAAUGUGGAAACCGGAUUGAAGCUAGGGAUAGCUCAACUGGAAUACUCGUAGAAUCAUCUUUUCAACAGAUAACGAGAUUUUUCUGUGUUGUGGCGGAUCUCAUUGCAGAUUUCAGGUGGAUACGUUUAUACCGACUCCAUCUGCGCCCGGGUGAAGAUCAACUAUCCUCGCUAGUGGCCAUUGUAAAGGUGGGACGUUGUCCUCGCGAAGGAUCACAAUGCUGCCGAUACGUAUAAUGCUUUGGUGAAGGUUCUUGGUUGGUUGCUGUAGUCCAGUGAUGUACUCCUGGCUCCAGCGCUGCCAAUAACGUUGGAAAAGCUGUUGUCGUUGCUGAUAAUGAGCUAAGCGGUUAGUGGGUAUGGCGGUAAGGUCAGGAUCGGGAAGAGCCUUCAUUGAUGACCCGAUCAAAAAAUGAGCUGGGGUGAGGGCCUCAAAAUCGUUUGGAUCAUCUGAUAAUGGUGCUAGAGGUCUCGAAUUUAGGGUGGCUGAUAUUUGUACGAGAAGAGUACAAAAGUUCUCGUGACUUAGCUGGUUGUUACCGAUUUCUUUUUUCAGGCAAAUUUUGGCGGAGCGCACCGCUGCCUCCCAUAAUCCUCCGAAAUUGGGAGCGCGGGGUGGAAUCAUAUGCCAAGAAAUUCCUAGCUGGGACAACUCAGAUCCAAUAGCUUGUUGUCCGGCUUUGCUGUUGAGCCCCCUGUACAGAUCAUGUAGCUCGUGCUUAGCGCCUUGAAAGUUUGUAGCGUUGUCGGAGUGAAUCUGCGAUGGAAUCCCAUGGUGCCCGACAAAUCGGCGAAGGGCAGACAGGAAUCCAGCUGUCGAAAGAUCCAUGACAAGCUCUAGAUGGAUUGCCUUGGUCGUGAAGCAAAUGAACACGGAAAUAUAAAAUUUCAGUGGGGCUGCUCGACGAUGAGGUGGCUUCAAAUAGAAAGGCCCGCAAAAGUCAACUCCAGUUAUUAGAAACGGGCGAGCUGGACGUAUACGAGUAGAGGGUAGUUGCCCCAUUGGUUGUUGAAUCGAUGUGGGGUUUGAACGAAAGCAGCGAUGGCACUUACGAAGGAUGAAACUGACGGCCCUCUUUCCAUGUAUUGGCCAAAACUCCUGUCUCAUAACUGCAAGCGUAAGUUGAUUUCCUCCAUGGUGUGUUUGGAUAUGAUAAUAUUCAAUCAGUAUGCGUGUUAAAUGAUGUGAUUUUGGCAAAAUCGCCGGAUGUUUCGUCGAAUAAUCCUCCAGAGCAUGUCGUAGACGACCACCGACUCUUUUUAUGUUAUCUUUAUCUAAAAAAGGAGAUAAUAGCUUUAAUGGUGAUUGGCGAGAAACUUGGUAUCGCUUCUUUAAGGAGUCGAUUUCUUCGUUGAAACAUUCUUCCUGAGCCAGUCGUACGAGAACCAUUUUUGCAACGUUGAUUUCAUAUACUGUCAAAAACACAGAAGUGUUCCGUCUUAUGGGGUUUCGACAAUUCUCAAUAAAUCGUAGACAAAGCGCAACUAUCCUAAUCAAUGGAAGGAAAGUAGAUCGAAGUGAGAAGAUAAAAAUGGGUUCAUUCACAGUGGCGGUUGUGAUGGCUAUGGGAGCGAGAACUCGAGAUUCCAGAUCUGUUUCCUCAGGAACGGAUAUAGAAAUGUCCGUCUGCCAUUUCAAUGGCUCCUGUUUCAGCCAUGAAGGUCCUUGCUUCCAAAGAUCACUGAUCAAAAAAUCUUCAAUAGGCAUUCCUCGGGAAACAAGAUCCGCAGGAUUUUCUUUGCCGGCUACAUGUAGCCACAAAUGUCCAUAUGUGCUGUCUGGAUAACUGAAACGCGGUUUGCGAUGAAAGUUUUCCACGAAUUCGGUGGGGCCCUCAGCCAAUGGAGAACCACGGUUGAGUCCGACCAGAAAAAUGAACGGAUGUGAUCUAACGCGAGGGCCUUAAUAACGGUUUGAUAUAACCGGGCAGCUUCUCUCGCUGCGCAUAGUUCUAAUCUCGGAAUCGUUAACCGCUUUAGUGGAGCGACCCGAGAUUUCGACGAUAGAAGUUCAACACGUACGUUGCCCUGUCGAUUUAUGGACCGAAUAUACAUGCAGGCUCCGUACGCAAGAUCCGAUGCGUCGGCGAAGCAAUGAAGUUGAACGUCGACGUAAUCUGGAAUGAACCAGAAUCUGGGUAUGCUGAAGUCGGCCAAUUUAAACAAACGGCUAUGAAAAUUAAUCCAUUUCUGCUCGAGCUGCGGCGGUACCGGAGCAUCCCACCCGGUUUGCAGCAGAGCCAGCUCCUGCAUAAUAAUUUUUGCGGUGCCUACCACGGGCGAGAUUAUCCCGAGAGGGUCAAAUAAUUUAGCGAUCGCAGCCAGUAUGCGCCGCCUGGUCCAUUCACCUUCAUCAUCUCCAACAUUGUAAAGGAACCUAAGCUGGUCAGCUUUCGGUUCCCAAGUAAUCCCUAGAGUUUUAACCUUUUCAUCGGGAUUUAAUUCAAAGGUUAUUGUGAGGUUAGUUCCUAACUGUUCUUCAGGAAUGUCAGACAACACUUCAGGUCGAUUCGAGCACCAUUUACGGAUUGGAAAACCUCCUUUGUUCAUCAACGACGUUAAAUCUUCCCUCAAUUCGAUAGCUUCGUCGACACUUGGGGCUCCUCCAAUAUAGUCGUCGACGUAGAAAUCCUUUUCUAGCGCUGAUCGAGCUUUAUUACCUUCCAUUCCUUCGUCUUCAGCUAGCUAGCACCCGUGUUGCUAAGAAAGAUGAAGGAGUGAGUCCAUACGUAACUGUGAGUAGUUCGUACACACCUAUGGGCUCAUCUUUUGAGAAGCGGAAAAAUAUUCGUAAACGGAGGUUGUCUUUGUUAUCAUGAAGUAUUUGUCUGUACAUUUUUUCGACAUCUCCCACAAGUGCUACCUCAUACUUGCGGAAACGUAAGAGCAAAUUCAAUAAGUCGUCUUGAAUUACGGGUCCUUUCAAAAGAGCGUCGUUGAGGGAGUAACCGCUGUCUGUACGCGCCGAAGCAUCAAAGACGACGCGUACUUUUGUAGUCGUGCUUGCUUCUUUGAUCACCGCGUGGUGCGGCAAAUAAAAUACCUUCCGCCGGUCCGGUUCUUGGACUUCUGAUUGAAGCUCCAAAUCCGAUAUCUUCCGCAUGUGUUGCAUAAACAAAUAUUCCUUCAUGAAUGAAUGAUAUUGUUCCUUCAUGUUCUGGUUCCGUUCCAGUCGUUUUUCCAAUUUGCGGUAUCUAUCCAUUAUGCCAUUACUCGAGAAUUUCCCAACAUCCGAUCCCAGUUCGUAUGUUUGGGUAACUUAAUGAUGUAUCGACCAUUUUCUGAUCUUGAGUGUGUUUUUUUGAAGUCCUCUUCGCAUUCUUGUUCCUCCUUCGACCAAGCAGGCUGGUCUUCACAGCCAUCUACCCGCCAGAAUUUUUCGAUCAGUUCCUCGAGUUUCUCGGUGGUUGUUGCUGUGCAGCAUCGCACUGUCCUUUUCCGUGGUAUGCUUUCAUCACGACCGGAAACAAUCCACCCAAAAACUGAAUUCACAAGUAUCGGUAGCUUCGGACCCAAGACCAUCUUUUUCACUUCCCUGUCUACCAAGAAACCGAAGAAAUGCUCUGCGCCUAAUAGAAGAUCAAUGCGACCACUGAAAUUGAAUUGAGGAUCCGUCAUCUGAAGAUUGGGAGGAAUAUUCCAAUGGGAAAUUGGUACCGUUGCUGAAGGAAGUUCAGCUGUGACCCGCUGUAACACCAAGAAAUCCAAUCCAAUGGAAAAAUCGCUAACUCGGGAAUGGACCGUUGUACUAACCGCAUGUCUCGCCGUUGAUUCAGACUGUCCAACUCCCGUUAUUGGAAUGCAAAUCCGUCGACGUUUAAGCUUCAGCAUUUGACACAGCCUCUCACUCAUAACAUUAACCUGGGAUCCAUUAUCCAACAACGCUCGAGCUAGUUGUUUAUUACCAUUUUGAUCGUGUAUCGCUACUACCACCGUAGAAAGAAAUACUCUAGAACUCAAGCUAUUCUUUUUAGUUCCGACACUAUAUGAUCCUGCUGUGGAUCCUUCUGCUGCAUCACUGUCUCUUCCGUCUGUUAUUUCUGCAGCGAUGUGCAUCCUAGCUACGUCACUUUUCCGUCCAGUCGUUGAUUCGUUGUCUUCUGAACUGCCGCUUGUUGCCUUUGCUGGUUGAAAUCCCGGAUGUAUCAAUGUGUUGUGUUUCUUCCCGCAUUUCUUACAACUAAACUUCGAGUUGCAAUCUCGUACCCAGUGACCUGUCUUAAAACAAUUGCUACAUAAACGCUUGCCGUUGACGAAAUCUAACUUUUCCUUCAGCCCGAGAUCCUGGAAUUUUGAACACCGUACCAAAUAAUGCAGAUCGCCACAACAUAGACAAGUAGGCUCGUUCCUUCCGCCUUCCGAAGAAGCAUGCACCGCUAUACGCUCACGUUUCAUAAUUGUCUUGGGUUGGACCGAACCAUUGUUUGCGUUGGACAACACCGCAUCUAAUACUCUUGUUCGUUUCUUCAAGAAGUCCACCAAUACCGAAAAUGUUGGUUCUUUUAUCGAUGCGGCAUGAUCUUCCCAUAACUGCGAAGUGCGAGAAUCCAGCUUAGAGCACAUCCAAUGGAUAAUCAUCGCUCUCCAAUGUUCCGUCUUCUCACCCAGUUGCUUCAAGAUCUUCAGUCGUUGAUCAAACUCGUCCAGCAGUCCAUGUAUUCGUCCCGCCGUCUCUUUUUCAAUCCUCGGGAAUUCCAUCAACGCCUGGAGAUGUCGCUUCUUUAACAGGUAUUCAUUGGAGUAGCGCUUGCUGAUGGUGUCCCACGUUAUCAUAUAAUUUCCGUUGGUGAUCGUGAGAGACUCGAUCAGUUUGGCCGCCUCCCCUUUUAGUGCAGAUUUCAGAUAAUGAAAUUUCUGCACGUCACUGAGUUCAUUAGAGUCAUGUAUCAAUGAUACAAACGUUGACUUGAAAGAAAGCCAGCCUUUGAAAUCCCCGUUAAACUCUGGUAGAGAAAUUUGCGGUAACCGAACGCCUGUGUGCGCACCCAAAGCACCAUUGUUACGACCAAUAGUGUUAUCCAAAUUUGCUGGAGAUGGAGGUGGUUCUAAUUUACCCAGCAGGCUAGCCCUAAUUUCGUAAUAGCGUUCUUCGUAGUCAGCGUACGCUUUCGUAAUAUCUCCUUCUAAUUCGCCCUUCGUAUCGACUUCUGAUAAAUCUUCCUGAAGCUCAUUGAAUUCUUCCCAAGAUGCUUCAAGCUUAUCCAAACGGGAUUGAACUUGCCCCUUUUUAGUUUCUGGAUCAUACUCUUCCAAGAAAACUACAUGCCGAUCGAGAGCAGCAAAAAUUCGAUCGCGUUUUCUGAGUUUGUCCUUAAUUUUCCCAGCCAUACCCUCACUGUAACCUGCUCUUGUUUUGCUAAUGUGCACUACUCGAACGCCGCUCCGUUGGACCAACCAAUGAAAUGAAAUAAAAUUCUCACGAAGCACCACCACACCAGAAUAAUAAUUUUGGACAGCUACUAACCUGUAGCCUGUCAAGAACAGGCCUUGAUUUAAUUAAAUAUCUCCUUACGCUUUCGAAUAUAGUAUAUUUAUACAGAUGUUCAGCAAGAUCGCUCACCACCUCUCGUCCGAGUACUCCAGUUUCCAACAAUGUGCUGAUUGUGACAGCUAUUUCAAACUUCCCACUGAUUUUUGUAGUACGAUCUGCUUCCUUGACAGCAGCCAAACCGAUGUAGAGAUGCCGAGACCGUGGCUUAGGAUACGUUAUCCGAAUCGUCCGCUGUAGAUUGGGAUUACUGUCCAGUUGCAAAAUAACUGUAGCCUGCCAACAACAGACUUUGAUUUAAUGAAAAUAUUUCUCAGCACUCUGCACUGAUGUGAAUCUGCAGUACUAAACGUACCACUCGAUCAAGCAAUAUUGCUCACCACCUCACGUCGAAGUCCGAAAAUGAUCACUGUUCGCGCCUUUGUGUGUGUGUAUCAGCUUCAGACUGUGUUUGCCGCCUGAUUUAACACAGUUUGCUUCCUCAACAAUUCCGUUGUAGUCAGUCCGAUAUACAGCGUUAUCCAAUUGGCGUGAAAUAAUAUCACGAUACGAUGUUGCCGUUCCAAUGCCGUUCAAGCGUUCAAUGAAAUGAAAAAUUAUCUUCCACAGCAUCACUCAAAUCAGAAUAAAAAUAUAGGACAGCUACUAACCUGUAGCCUGUCCAUAACAGGCUUUGUAUUUUUUGAUAUUUCGAAUAACGCCUAUCGUCUGUUCAAGAAUCCACGAUAACCAAGAGUGAUGAUUGUCACCUACCAACCGAUGUGACUCCACCGUAGCAUAUAAUAACAUUUGAAACAGCCGUCCGAUGCGAUGUAAUUCGAUUCGAUUAAAUUUCCAUAUCCAGCAUAAUAAAUUCCGUCCGUAAAAAGCUUGCCGUUGAAAUAUUUCACCACAGUAUUUCACCAACAACCAGCAGCUAUGGCGUUCGGCGCCAUCAAGUCCUCUUGAAAUAUUUCAGCGACGAUCUUAUUAUCUUCAAGACAAUGUAACAUGAUCCAAUUGUUCUCAGAACAAUGGAUUGAUGAGUCAAUUAUCCUCAGAACAAUGUGACACUUUGAUGUAAUGAUGAUCCAAUUAUCCUCAGGAUCGACCCAACUCAACCACGAAUCCUGGUCACGGCACCAAUGUUGGGAGAUUCAGGUUCGUGGGUUGAGUACUACCUCCAAUAGUUCCAAAGAUGCACCCUUUAGCACUGGAACGUACCUUUGGUCCUACGUUGUGAAAGCUUUUAUUUGUCCAAACUUAAUUCCUUCCUUUCCUAUUGAAUACCGUCCUUUCCAAAUCCUUCACGAAUCCAAUUAUCCGCCUUCCUUUUCCUCCAGAGACUCCAACAACUCCAAUCAUUUAAUUUGUAAUAUGUACCAAUUUAUUAGAAUCACUUUUCAUUAUUUCUUUUUUCACAAUAAUAAUUUUUUGUAUUUCACAGUAUUUAUUUCUUGGUGAUCGGUCGGAUACUGAUCACUAUAGCAAUUGUAUCUCCCUUUUUACAUGGUCUAUUGAGUUUCGUUCGUGUUCGAUCUAUUGCUAUAAUUUUCUAAGUGUAUUGUGAGUGUAGCUUAUCUGUGUUAUUUGUAUAACAGUUUGUACAGGGUGGUCAUUUUGUGUGUCAUUUCAGUCUUGAAAUUAAUGUUUGAUUUUAAUUUGUUACAUUUAAGUUCACGAUGGCUAAAUAUGCAAACAUAAUGAAUUAUGUAUUGUCUUUUGUGUGUGAGUGUGUCCUUUUUUAUUACUCAUUUUAUCUUAAGACUGAUGAUGAUGGUAUUAAUUGUUUUUUUUUUAUUUAAAUUAAAUUUUUCAAUUCAAUUUAAAAAAAUAAAAUAAUUGUGAAGUCUGCAAUAGUUUGAGCCCGCGCGCGUUGUCAAACAUAGAAAUACUUGAGAUCGAGCAUAAGCAAAAGUAGUUUAUCGCGAAUAAAAUAAAAGCAUUCCAAGGGGUUGUAUGUGGAAAUCGGAAUGAAGCUAGGGAUAGCUCAAACGGAAUACUCGUAAAUUCAUCUUUUCAACAGAUAAUUAUAACGAGAUUUUUCUGUGUUGUGGCGGAUCUCAUUGCAGACUUCAGGUUGAUACGUUUAUACUCCAUGUUGAAUGUAGGACCUGAAGUAUCGGCUGGAAGUAGGCUUAGGUUUGCUCAGCUGUCUGGUCUCGAAAACGAUUAACAGACCGUUUUCGGGUAUCCAGUGAAGCAGGAAUUCCUUUGUAAAUUCAAGGCUUAUACUGACAUAGGUAUUGGGUUCAAUUCCUGAUCGGUCAAGGAUUUUUUCGGGUUGGAAACUUUCUUGACAUGCCUUGGGAUAAGUAGUGGGCCUGAAGUAUCGGCUAGAAUUAGGCUUGGGUUUGCUCAGCUGCUUGAACUCGGAAACGAUAGAAUCGUGGCCGGGGAUCUGAUAAAGCGGGAAUUCCCUUGUAAAUUUGUGGCUAAUACUGACAUAGGUAUUGGGUUCAAUUCCCGAUCGGUCUAGGGUCUUCCCGGGUUGGAAAUUCUCUCGACAUGCCAUGGAAUAAAUACGAUCAGAUAAUGGCUUAUAUUGUUCUUUCGAUUAGUAAUCUAUGUCUGCGAGAUAACCAGUCCGUUUUCCUUUCAAUUUCAAUUUGCAUACUGGUUAGUUAAUGAAAAAUAUAAAUACCGUAAUAUAAUAAUUAUCAAUAAGAUAACUCGUCCCGCUCAAACCUUUGUAGGAGAAUGAGGUGGGACCAUCAUCAUCUUUAUAAAAAAAAAAAUGUUCUCAAAUGGGGAUCAAUAUAGGGUAGGAGCCUGCCUGUUGGUCUCAAAUGUUCCUAUCUCACGCCUCCACUAAGAUCAUAUGACGACAGUUUUAGAUCGGGCGUGAACUGGAAACACACACCUGGUCUUGGCUCCGAGAACGGGUGUCGAAAGUGGCUAAGUGAGGGGGUGCGAGCGAGUCAGAGCGCUAUAUCUCUCCCGGGGAAGGCCUCCCGGGUCAUGGAGGCCUUGCCAACCCGCUGUCUCCCGGGCAAAGGAGAUACAUUCAAAAAAAUGGAGCUACGAUCACGAAGAGUAAUUAGAAUGCGAUCACCCGAGGAGGGUCCCCGAACUGGAGCUGGUCCUGGAACGGGCGUAAGAGCGAGCGGCCAGCGGCUGGAGGGCGAUGUGCAAGAGCGGGCCACCAGCCGGGUUCAACCCGAAGAGCUACCGCCACACGGAAACAACAGCCAUCGACAUCACCCAAGAAACGCUGCGCCUACGAGACGUGUUGCGACUGCCAGACGACAGUCGUCCACACUUGUGGGUACCACUAGGCGCCGGAUCAUGUGGACACACGAAAUGAAUGAAUUCGUGAUCCGCGCCUAUUACAUCUGCACUGCUUUGGAGACGGACAUGAGCGGUCGCCCUCGAAUACUAACAAUGUUCGAGGAAGCGUAUCCAGAGUUCGUCGGGAGGCUUGAUCAGAACGCGAUGAACGCGAGGCGUAGAGCGAUAGUACGCAACAACAUGCUCUCCCAAACGCAAGUCGACGAGAUCAAGCAGCAGGUGCAGAGAGAACUAAGCUCCAGAACGAACAGAGCAAGCGAUGUGUCGAGACGAAGUUCAGUACGGCUGAGCAUUUCAUUCGCAAGUGGGGCACGCGAAUCAGCACCAGUGGAGGCCACAGUACAACAACCCCCUGAGCCGGAAGAUCCACAGCCAGAUCAACAACUACUACGCGAUCUGGUUUUCCACUACGACGAGGCAAUCUCACAGUUCCGCGACACAGACCCAUUGUCGCGCCCCAGGAUCCCGAAGUUGCAGCAUUCCCGCAGGCUGACAAGUGCAGUAAAGCUCAUGAACGAGCACGUUCUUCCGCUGCACUUGGUUGAUGCUGAGAACAUGGAGGAGCUGCAACUGAAAGUUUACUGUGCUGCUGUGGCGACCGCCAAAAGUUUAGGAUACCGUAUAAGGCCAAGAGGCGGACUGCUCCAACAUCUCCGUGAAAGGCGUGAGCCUCCAUGGCGAAGGAGAUUGGAGCAACGGAUCCUAAACAAGCGCGCCGCAAUUGGAAGACUGAUGGCGUACAAAAGAGGCAGCAGAUCGGCGAAAUUAUGUCGCCAAGUUGCUGUGAUCGUGCGGCCUACUGAACUUCGCCAGCUGGGAGCUCACCAGCUGACGGAAAAACUCGACACACUGGUACAGCAAUUGAGCGUCCUUACAAAACGGCUGAAACGUUACUCUGACUCUGCAAAGCGCCAGGAACAAAAUCGGAUGUUCAGAGAUAACGAGAAAGCGUUCUACGACCACAUUAGCGACGAGAAGCCCGACUACCGCGAAGGUUUGCCAGAUAUUAGCGAUGUGACGAACUUCUGGGCUGGUAUUUGGGAGACCCCAGUAGAACAUCGUGACGGGCAAAUGUGGUUAAGAAGGGGGGAGGUGAGUUGUGGUGUAAUUGGAGAGAUGCCAGCUAUCAUCGUCGGAGAGAACGAUGUCCGCGAAGCCUCGCGGUACCUGAGGAACUGGGCAGUACCGGGCCCCGAUGGUGUCCAGAACUUUUGGCACAAGAAGCUGACCGUCGCACAUCCAAAGAUAGCUGAGUGCUUCAACAAGGUGCUACGUGACCCACACAACCUUCCUGAAUUCGCCACCCGUGGCGUCACCUUCCUCCUCCCGAAAGACAGCAACACAUUGAACCCAUCAAAGUACAGACCGAUAACGUACCUAUCGAGUCUGUACAAAAUACUGAGCAGCAUAAUUACCGCCAAAGUUUCUGCUCACUGCGAACAACAUCACAUCAUCGCAGAAGAGCAGAAAGGAUGCAGGAAAAAUACGCAUGGCUGCAAAGACCAGGCCAUCAUCGACGCAGCCAUAGUCGGCCAGGCGGUAUAUAACCAGCGGAACCUAAGCAUGGCCUAUAUCGAUUACAGGAAGGCUUAUGACUCCAUACCUCACUUGUUUCUCGUCCGGGUAUUGGAGCUCUACAAAAUUGAUCCCGUCGUCGUUAGGUUCCUGCAGCAUGCGAUGAGGCAGUGGAGCACGUCUCUGCACCUUAGUGAUGGGGAAAAUGUGUUGCAGUCUAGAACGCUGCAGAUAAAGAGGGGGAUAUUCCAAGGCGACUCUUUCAGCCCGCUUUGGUUUUGUCUGGCACUGAACCCCCUCAGUAGGACGCUCAAUAGAAACGGUCAUGGCUAUAAAAUAAGGUAUGGCGACGGCGCCCACGAAGAAGUGACCCAUACCUUCUACAUGGAUGAUCUCAAGGUCUACGCUGAUUCACGUCAGCGUCUAGGUGUAGCUAUCCGGGUUGACGAAGACAUAAGCAGGGACAUCUGCAUGGAGUUCGGCCUCGACAAGUGCCGCUGUGUCCAUCUGCUGAAAGGACAACUUACCGAAUCCGGAGGUUACGAGGUCUAUGACGGCGAGUUUAUAAGAGACAUGGUUCGUGGCGAAUCCUAUAAAUAUCUUGGAUUCCGACAGCUCACCGGGAUUCGCCACUCCGACAUCAAGACGGAGCUACGAGACAAGUUCUUGAGUCGAGUGAACUGUGUCCUGAGGACUUUCCUCAACGCGGGGAACAAGGUACGCGCGAUCAACACAUUCGCGGUUCCCCUGCUGACCUUCAGUUUUGGUGUAGUCAAAUGGAGCAAAACUGACCUAGAGGACCUUGAGAGGAGGAUGAGGAAAGCAUUUAAAGAGGCCGAAAUGCACAAUCCUCAAUCGGUACUGGAGAGAGUUUCACUGCCACGCAAAGAAGGGGGACUUGGAAUAGUCGACAUAUCUGCACUGUGUAUUGCCCAGGUACGACAAUUGCGCGAGUACUUCGCAGAACGCGCCAACCAAAACGCGCUAUACCGGGCUGUCUGCGCCGCCGACAGAGGAUACAGCGCUCUGCACUUGGCGCAAGCGGAGUACCAACUCAACUGCAAUCUGCAGACAGUGGAGGAAAAGAUUGCAGCUUGGAAGCAGAAGGCAGUGCAUGGUGCCCACCCCCAUCAACUGGACCGGCCACACGUCGACAAGGCCGCAUCUAAUCUGUGGCUAACGCGUGGUGAACUCUCUUCAGUAGUAGAAGCCGACAUGAUAGCCAUCCAGGACAGGAUAAUGCCGACGAGAAACUGCAGGCGGUACGUCUGGCAUCAAGACGUUGAUGACAUUUGCCGGAUGUGCCAUCAACCAGGGGAAAACAUAGAGCACAUUAUGGGAGGCUGUCCCGUUUUGGCCAACGCAGCCUACACCGAGCGCCACAACAACGUGGCCCGUAUUGUUCAUCGACAACUGGCGCUCCAAUGUGCUCUACUGGAAGACAACGUACCAAACUACCGGUACCUGCCUGCACCUGUCCUGGAAAAUGACCGUUUCAAGCUGUACUGGGAUCGCACUGUUCUGACCGACCUCUCGAUCCACCACAACCGCCCAGAUAUAAUGGUUUACGACAAGAGCGACCGCAAAGUCACCAUCAUCGAUGUCGCUAUUCCACUGAACCAGAAUCUGAAGGAGACCUACGGUUGCAAAAUCUGCAAGUACCGACCAUUGGCCGUGGAGCUCAAGGAACUGUGAGGGCUAAGGGAGGUCCCAAGAAUUGUUCCAGUCGUUCUCUCUGGAACUGGAAUUGUCCUGAAGACACUUCUGGAAGCGCUAAAGCUGUUGAAUAUGGAGAAGGAAUUGGCCGGCAUCCAAAAGUCGGUCAUCCUUAGCACCUGCGCAAUUGUCCGACAAUUUCUCGGUCAGGACUGAAACAGCACGAGCAUGCAGAUACGUGCAUUCCGCAGAGCCUAGUCCCCCUUUGGCAUUCAGAAGCCCGGGGGCAGGUGAAAAUUCUGGCUAGGUUCGCCUAGUUAAGAAGUGAGAUAAGUCUGCCAAAAAAUAAAAGUGAUGAAAUAUCGACGUCCUCCGGGUGUUACCGUGUUCAUCGGCCCACAAAGAUCGCUGUGCACUAUGUAGAGAAUCACCUUGGACUUCCUCUUCGCCUUCUUUGGAAACGGUGUACGAGCCAUUUUUCCUUGCAGACAGGUUUCACAGGUAAUCGUCAACCCGCAAUUCUUCACUUUAAUGCCUUCAGCCAACUGCCGACGUUCCAGCUCAAGGAUGGCCUGAACAUCACGGUGUCCUAGUUUACGGUGCCACUCGUGUAUGCAGUCCGUCGCAUGGUUCUGUUCGGUGACAACGUUCGUCCUCUCUACUAGACGUAGGUGAUACAAACCGUUCAUUCGAGGUGCCACAGCAGCAAUUCGUUGUCCGCUCGCAAUCGUACAACCCUUCUCAUCGAACGUGACGUUAGCGCCCUUCUGCACCAACCUUCCGACGGAUACCAAGUUCAUAUCGAGCUCCGGAACAAAGAGAACAUCGCUUAGCAGGAUUUCCUUUUCUUCGCCAUUUAAUCCGUAGCACUUUAUUUUGCAGCUUCCUAUCCCCUUCACAGCAGCCUUUUUGCCAUCCGCAACCGUUACGAAACGUGGUGUAUCGUCCUUCGGUUCUUCCAAGCUCACAAAAUACUUCUCAUUCGUGCUCAUAUGCAGACUUGCAACUGAGUCAACGAUCCAAUUCACGGCAGCAUCAUCCCAGACACUGAAUGCAAACUUUUUUUUUCUGAAAGUUAUGGAUUACUCCAUAACCGCCCAGCUUAGCUCACCUCUAUCUAAUUUAUCUCAGGCUCGGCUUCCGAACUACGGGGGACUCCCUGUACCGCGGACGACACUGUCACAACCAAGAGAGAAGACCAAUAGGGCUGGUUCGAAAUGAAAGCUAUGUAAAAGAACUGGUAAUUGGUUUACGAUUUACAAAUUUUUAUUUUAAUAGUUUAUUCGUUGCGGCGCCGUUCGUCGACCGUUGGGGCCCUUCGAUGACACGUGGUUUGUGUAACGGAGAGAGAGGAGGGUCUGUAGCACGUACCUUCUUCGUGGUUUCGAUUACGGGUUGAUUCGCUAGCGAAUUAUCGGAUCCGUGGCAGAACUUGUUAUAUCUGUUGUACUCAAAUUGCGCACGGGCGGCUGGAGGUGUUGGUCGCUUCCAAACUCCAGCUAAAGUGCCCGAGGCCUUUUUCAUUUCCCUCCACGAAACCUUAAUCCUUCUUCCUUUUUCCAUCUACUCUCCUCUCUCAAUCUUUCCUCUCCCAAAUAUUCCUCUAUCUCAUUCCUUCCUCUCUCUCUCUCAUACUUCCGGAACACCAUCAGCUUGCCCGCCGAUGUUACUCAAGGGGGCUUUCGAUCGUGGCAAAUUACAAAGUUGAGUUAGUACAAUAUACACUUAAACUAAUGUUAGUUAUUACAAUUAACAAUUCAUACAAAAAAAUUACAUUUAACGACAAUCUUAUUAAUGAAUCAGCCAACAAUAAACAAAACAAACGAUUUACUUAAAGACUAUUUUUGAACGAUUACUACAUUUAAUUGAACAAAAAUUGAACUGCCCUGUUGCGUCAUUGGUCGGUAACAAUUCUCCCCUCGGUAGGGUAGAAAAAAUAUGCUAGUAAUUUUUCGUCCAAACAUAGUUUCGCACAACACCCACUCCAUCCGUGAAACUCUGAAUCGGAUUCUGGAUCAUGUUUUUUUUCUUGUAUCUGUUAAUCACCUCGAUCCAUUUCCAUACCUUUAACUGCCAUAUCUCGCCAUACUUGCUCCCGACCACUCUACACCAGAGAAAAAUUGUCAUAUUACUACUCACCAGCUUCUGCCUAAUUCCUUUUCAUCCUCUCUGUUCUAAACCGAUAAAAACCUAACUAAUUACCAGCAUUACCAUUUACUCUCUACACUCAAAAGACGCGUCCGUCUAAAAAAAAUCAUUCAUUCGUUCCUUUCACCAGUUCCCAUUCAUUCCCUAAGUCUAAUCGUUCGAGACAAAAAUAACCGUUCCUGUUCUCAUAACUACGCGUAACCCUAAAGGGGUAAUAUAUUUAUUACUACCUCCACUUAUAAGUUCUCCGAACAACUAUAUCAUGUGGUUCGGGGUCAUAAGGCAUCAUUUCAACUCCGCUCAGUUUCCAGCACAAAUUCUGAUGAGAACUGUCUGUUACUGACCAUCAGCGUCUCGAUGACUCCGGUCUCCAGCGAACCCACAUUAUUGUCAGUUGAUCGGAUCCCCUAUUCAUUGAGAAAUAUAUUUUUUUUUAAAUCAAAAUUCCAACAUCAAACUAUUCGAACCGCGGUUUUCAAAUGCUGAGUUGGUGAAUUCUGCCUUGUCUGUCAUCAGAUAUCGUCUAGCAUCACUGAAUAAACAGUGUUUAGAGAUGUGAUCUGCUAUGUGACAGAUCGUAAUGAAACGAACAAUGAAAAAGACAUUUGUCAAAUUUAUGACAAGUGGUUUUGUUUGUUAUUAUGAAAUGGAACUAGAAGCAUCGUGGGGCGAAAAGUAUUUUGCCUUUUCUAAGGAUAUACAACUAAUCUCCUUUUUAUUUCUAGGUGGAUCAAACGAUCGAUCGGGAAGGCGAACAGACGCGAUUUUCAAAAAUACGACCGAAAUGGAAGGAUCAGUGAAACUCUACGAUUUCAGCGAUGUUAUGUUAGAAGGACAAUUAAAUCACCCUGGUUUCAAGUGGGCAGCAGGCCACACUCCCAAGGAUUUUCCACCGAUUUCCUCUAGUUCAUAAGAAGAAUUACCAAUUCUUCUCUUUAUUC